GAAAAUGUUGAGCGAUGAUGGGCGUUUCAAAAACCUCUUUGAAUACGUAUUCUGGCCGCCCCAAACCCCGUCACAAUCGAUCAAUCCACCCCGCUUCUAUUCCUGACAAUUGAGACCACUUGGCUUCGACGUCAUCAUGUUCAGCUACUUGUCGGAGAAACUUAAUGUCAAGGCUCUGGGGGAGAUGAUCGCGCCGACGUUGACCCCGGAGCAACAGCUGCAUCAAGCCAUCGAGGACAACCUUUCAGACAAGGUCCGCCAUCUCUUGGACGACGUCAAGGUGAGUCCGAACGCGCGGACGCCCGAGGGAUCGUUCCCUGUCCACACCGCCGCGUACAAUGGCCGUGUGGACAUCCUUCUGCUCCUGAUCGAACGAGGAGCUGACAUUUCCGCGCUCGGUCCCCGUGACAACACGCCGUUGCAUCUCGCGUGUGCCCAAGGCCACCUGGAAAUGGCCAAACUGCUCGUGGCCAAGGGAGCCAACGUUGCGCAGCGCAACAAGAGCCUCAAGACGUCGUACGAUGUGGCCACGGGGGACACGUUGCGGCAAUGGCUUCUCCCGCUGCAGUUCCAGCACGAAGACCCGAACGACCGCGCCGCCGCCAUCCAGCAAGCGCAGAACAUGGGGCUGUCGGGGUUCCACCCAAGCAACGUCGCCGUGGCCCCGCCGCCACCGCCGCCCACGUCAGGCGCGUAUUACGGUGCACCGCCUGCGAAUGCCCAGUACGACCCUCAUGCCGCCCUGUAUGCCCCACCCACGCACAGUGCCAUCCCGCGCCACAACCCGUCGGCAUUCACCGCGCGUCGCGACCCGUCCGUCUUUCGACCGAUCCAAGCGGAUGGCUUUGGCUCGAGCGUCGGGAAUGCCGAGCUCACGGCCAAGUUUGGCAACACGGUGUCGGUGGCUCCAACGACCACGGCGCCUCCACCUCCUCCACCAGGCGCUGCUGCCGGCGGGUACCAGCCGUCUACAGCCCCCCCGGCAGCCUUCGUUCCUUCCCGCCCAGCCGCCGUCCCGCAGUUCAAGAUCUUCAACCCCCGAGCCGCCGCCACGUCCGGCGACGGGCGACCGCAGUCGGCAGGCCCGUCGCAGCACCCGCAGGUGCCGUCGGCGUACUCGACGGCGGCCCCUUCCGCUGGCCCCCCAUCCUCCCCCACAGAAUCCUCCCCCACCCACCACGGAGACGCCAUCGACUUUUCGGCCACGACCAGUGCGUUGCAAUAACCUGCCGACGAAUUCCAACGAACCUUGGUUCAUUUCGUUUUUCGAGUGCAUACUUGUGCUUUAUAAUCGAUAGACUCAAAAUCACUCGUCAGUACUGUACGCUUGCGAGCAUGAGAUACAGU